GAGGCGCGUGCGCGCUCGUGCGCGGGGCUCGGCGGGCUCUACUGAACGUGCCGGCUGCGGCCGCGGUCGUUUUUAUACCUUCCCGCGCGGACGCCGGCGCUGCCAACGGAAGGGCGGGCGGGGCGGCGCGCGAUCAGCCCGCAGGCUCCGCUGCCAUGAAGGUGAAGAUUAAGUGCUGGAACGGCGUGGCCACUUGGCUCUGGGUGGCCAACGAUGAGAACUGCGGCAUCUGCAGGAUGGCAUUUAACGGCUGCUGUCCCGACUGUAAGGUGCCUGGUGACGACUGCCCGCUGGUGUGGGGCCAGUGCUCACACUGCUUCCACAUGCACUGCAUCCUCAAGUGGCUGCACGCGCAGCAGGCCCAGCAGCACUGCCCCAUGUGCCGCCAGGAGUGGAAGUUCAAGGAGUGAGGGCCCCUGCCCCUGCGCCACACCUGGGCUUGGCCCCGCACCCCAUGUGGCGUCCUGAGACCGGGUCUUCCUGAUGGGCCCCUGGGGGACCUGUGACUAGGUUGGAAAAAGGACUGGAGCUGCAUCUGUUUUUCCAUCACGUUGAUACUUUUAUCCAAUAAGUAAAACUCAUUAAACUACUGGAACCUUG